AUGAGCACAAAUACCAAGAAGCAACAACCCGAAUAAAUUAUUCCUACUGAAGAAGUCAAGAAGGAAAACACCAAGGGCGAAAAGAGAACUCACGGCAGAACCAACAAGGGUACUAAUGCUACUGUUGAAAAGGAUGACCGUUAAAAUAAGACUGGCUUAAAGAAGAGAGAUCAAAACGCAAGAAGAAAUGAAGGUACCUACAUUAAAAAGGCUGCUCUUGAUAACGGAGAGCUUCCUCCUUCUGACGAAGAAUAAAAGAAUGAUAAGGGUGAAAAGAAGUAAUUCAGACCUAGAUAUGAAAAGGUUACUGAAAGCAAAUUCAAUUGGGACAAGAAGGCAAUUACUCUUGAAACUGUUAUCCCUAAACCCCCUCAUCAAAAGGAAUUGCUCGAAGAACCUAAGAGAGAAACUCUUAACAAAAUCAUUGAUUAAAUCGAUGCUAAGAUUGAAGAUGCCAAAACCAAGAAAUUCUAAAAAGUUAAUGAAAUCGUUAACAGAGACAAGACCAUCAAGACCAAUAUCAAUGGCUAAUCUGAACCUCUUCACACUAAAUUAAAAGAACUCUUCGAAAAAUAAAAAUCAAAAAAAGCUGAACACGAAGCUGCUCUUGCUGAACUUGAAAAGAAGUAAGAAUUAUCCAAGACUAUCUAAAAAAGAUCUUAAGAUUUGAGAAACAAAAUGAAAAAGUGCAUGACUGAAAAGGAAAUUAACGAAAGACUCGAAGAGUUAACUUUCAGACACAAGAAUGAAUUGUUAAACAAUCAAUAAGAAAAGAAGCUCGUCCAAGAAAUCGAAGAUUUGAAGCAAUCUCUCCCUUUCUCUAUUCCUCUCUCUAAGUUGGAAGAAGAACUCAGAACUGCAUAAAAAGAAGAAAAGGCUUACAAGGGUAAACAAGGUGCUGCUUACAAGGCAUUGAAGGAAGUCUAAGAAGAAAUCAAUGAAGUUAAGAAACAAUUAGAAGAAAUCAAGAAGCUUAGAGAAACAACUCAAAGUGGUGAAAACCCCGAAAUCGAACUUGCCAAGAAGGAAUGCAGCGAUUUAGUUGAUUAAUUGAAAAAGCAAAAGCACGAAGCUUACUAAAAAUAUGAUGCUGAUAGAAAGGCCUACCAAGAACAAUAGGAACUUAUCAGAUAUGUUGAAUACGUUAAAAAGCAAUAAGAUUACCUUAGAAAGAAGGAAGCUUAAAGAAAGAGAGACGAAGAAAGAAAAAGACGUGAAGAAGAAAGAUUGAAGCGUGAAGAAGAAGAAAAGGCUCUUGAAGAAUAAAAGAAGAAGAGCAGAUACCUUGUUUAUGUUGAAAUUGCUGAUCAUUUGAUCAACUACUUAGAAAAGCUCUCUGGUAAGGGUGAUAAUAAGAAGGAUUAUGUCGAUUAAACUGAAACCACCACCACUACUACUGAAACUAAGUCCGAACUUAAGAUCGAAGAUUUAAAUAAGCUCCUCUAAAAGGAAAAGUUGACCGUCCUUGUUAGCAAGAAGGAUAAGGCUGACUAAUCCUAAGCCAUUUUCGGUGGUCACAACAAAAAGAACCAAAAACCCAAAGAAUAAGCUCAAAAGCAAUAAGAAAAGACUCAAGAAAAGAACAUCCUUGCUGAUGCCUUCCACCACAACUACGAAAUCAUGGAAUAAUUCGAAAAGUUAGCUGUUGCUGCUCCCACUUUCAAGUCUGAAAUCGAUAAGACUAUUUCCUUACUCCAAGAAAAGAAGCAAUACUACAUCGAACUCCCCAACAAAGAAAACGGAGAUGCCACUGAAGAAAAGAAUGCUGAAGACAAGCAAGAUAAGAAACAAAAAAAGCAAAACAAGAUUGAGUUCGAUGAAACUGCUUUCCCUACUAUUGAAAAUUGA